ACCUCCGACCUCCCACCCUGAUGACCCCAAACAUGUAAAGAUGGGCGGUCCAGCCCUUUUCUGCUGUCGUGUGGGGAAUUUCCGCCUUAGAAUCCUGUCCCUUGGACUUCACACCUCCAGAAACAACGUAAGUCAGUCCAGUAAGUAUAGUGCAGCAGCCAGGCUGGUAAACCUCCGUAGCAAACUGAAAUGGCCCACGACAGCAGCUGCCCCCAUUGCCACCCAGACAGCAGACACAUCGGUGCAGAGGGCGACUCCUCUCGGGGUCCCAUCAGAGGAGGAGUUCCCGGAACGUUUCAUCCCCAUCACCCGGCGGUCGCUGGUUAUGCGACUCAUGCAACGUAUGGAGGGAAUCAUCCACACAACGUACCUGGAUCACUUCUCGGAGUUUUCCGAUGCACUGGACACUGCGAUCACUGAUGAAUAUCACAAGAUUCUAAUUGAUAUGAAGCAUGUCUUCGAUCCAAUCAACCCGGACAAAGAGACAAUGUUUGACCCGGUGAACCCCGACAAGGAAACGGUCGCUACACGUCACAUGACAGAACACGAACGGGUGGAAAACGAGUUCUUCUUGAUACAGAAGCUGUCGUCACUCAUCAAGAAAGCGAGCUACAUUGAGCUGCCGCGUCACGUGGUGGUAGAGGCGUUGAAAGAUCACGUGUCUGAAAAUGGAGUCAUGGUUGAUGUGAAUCCAGAUGCAUAUGCCAUCCUGAAGUUCUGGGCCUUUGGAAAGGAAGAGAUACAUGAUCAGUCACCAGCGUGGUAUAGCCUGGUCUACAGAAAGCUGGCCAAUCCUGUAGAGAAAGAGAAAAAAUACUUCUACAAGAGAGUGGUAGUGGCAGCUCGUCUGAAGAAGGACCAGCAGUUGAUCCUGAAAGGUUUUAAAGACAUCCCCUGUAAGGCGCUAGAACACCUGUUACCUGAUGCACGCAUACGGAUGACUCGUGCAGACAAGGGCAUGGUGUACACAACCAUCCUCAUAGCAUUGUUUGGUGUCAUCAUACAGCGUCUUGUGUUGGUGAUGGCAUCUCUAGAGAUCCCCAUCUUGUUGAUGCUGGCGGCAACCAUUGCCUUUGUGGUCCUUCGGUCGUGGACCGUGUACAAGAACAGACGCAACCUGUAUCUCCUGGAGCUGUCCAGAACACUGUACUUCAAAAACGUAUCAAGUAACAGGGGGCUGCUUACUGCAUUAGUGGAUAGAGCUCAGGAGGAGUCAGUGAAACAGGCACUUCUUGUCUACACAUUUCUGCUGGGGAGAACUUCACCUUUGGAACUGGAGGCUGAGGAUGAAGGGGACAUCAUCAGAGGUGGCAUCACCGUGUUUGAGCUGGAGGAGCUCAUCAACCGCUGGAUCCUGCUGGAAUCUGGUUCCAAGAUCACCUUCGACUCAUCCGACGCAAUCAAGAUGCUGGAGACGUUCGGUAUCCUCACGGGUGAUGACGUUGAUGAUGACCGGCGGCGCCAUCUUUACGUCCUUCCCAUCGAAGCUGCCCUGCGACAACUCCCGCAGCAGUCCACCUCCCACAGGCAUCACCAACCGCAAUUUGAUGUCCAGCAGCUAGAUUCCAUGGUGUCGAAUAUGCAAGGGCUGAACGAAACCAUGAAAGACUUUGCCAAAAGUGUUAAAACAAGGCUACAUAUAAUAGAAAUGCGGUUGGACAAUGCCAAAGGCGUUCCCGAUGCUUUUCACGAAACUCCUACCAUCAAAGAUGUGAAAGCAGAAGAUGUAGUAGAAUCAUUGACACAUAAGAAUAAAGAUGUGGUUGAGGAGAAUAACAGACUACAGAAAGACCAAACACAAGUAGAAAAGGAAGGUAAGGUGUAGUGGCCCAUAGUUGAACUAUCAGCAUCUUCUUUGCAAGGGUAACAGUGUGCUGAGUACAUCAUUUAGAGCUUACUGAUAGCUGCUCUUGGUGACUAUGUUGAGUAUAGUGCCACAUAUCAAAGCUGAAAGUUGCAGAGUGAUAGGUUAUAUAUCAUAGCACUAUAAAAGUUGCAGUCAAAAUAAAAGAAUAGAAAAAAUAUUAUGUGCUAAGUUUUAAGCAUUAUGCUUACUGGAAAUGACCUACAAUGGAUGAUUUAUUAUAGAUUUGUAUCAACUUGGAAAUGAAUCAAAUUCAUGUGCUUUUAACACCCAUUAUGACCUCAUGGUGCCAUUGUUUCUUGCCAGAACUGUACUGUAUGGUGUUUCAUGCCAAGAAACAACACUGUUUCCUGCUGGUUAACUUAUUGAAUGUCAAAAGUUUGUAGACAAUGUGUUGAUGCUGCUUCAAUUUAACAUAUCUGUAUCCUAAUAUCAACUACUAGUAUCACAUAUUAAGCCAAGUUUUGGCUCACAAGUUUGUUUACAUGUACAAGCAGUGUAAUAAAAAAAAAGGCUUGAAGAAUUGAACAAAGCAUCCUGUAACAACCCAGACAUGUUUUAUUCAGUCUGCAUGAUAUAUUAUUUUCUUAAAUGAAGCAAAUGUACAGAGCAACAAGAACAUAGUCUAUGCAGCUUUAUUGUUGCCAAAGAAUGUUAGCUGUCCACCAAUCAUUUAAAUCUCACACAGUUAUGCAAACUACAUUAUACAUCUGAACUUG